GGGUAGCGCGGGUAGCCAGAGUGGCUAGCGGAGUGGAGCCCGUGGCUGAGGCGGGGAGGAGGGGCCCGAGGCCUGCUGAAAGCCGGGAUGAGGGCCGUGUUGACGUGGAGAGAUAAAGUCGAGCACUGUGUCUAUGACCUCGCAUUUAAGCCUGAUGGGACGCAGCUGAUUCUGGCCGCAGGAAGCACGUUGCUGGUUUAUGAUGCCUCCGAUGGGACCUUGCUUCAGCCCCUCAAGGGACACAAAGACACAAUAUACUGUGUGGCAUAUGCGAAGGAUGGCAAGCGCUUUGCCUCCGGAUCAGCUGACAAAAGCGUUAUUAUUUGGACAUCAAAACUGGAAGGCAUUCUAAAGUACACGCACAACGACUCUGUGCAGUCUGUCUCCUACAACCCUGUGACCCACCAGCUGGCGUCCUGCUCCUCCAACGACUUCGGGCUGUGGUCUCCGGAGCAGAAGUCCGUCUCCAAGAACAAGUCAAGCAGCAAGAUCACCUGCAGCAGCUGGACAAACGACGGUCAGUACCUCGCGCUGGGGAUGUCCAACGGGGUCAUCAGCAUCCGGAACAAGAACGGCGACGAGAAAGUGAAGAUCGAGCGGCCGGGGGGCUCCCUCUCCCCGAUAUGGUCCAUCUGCUGGAACCCUUCAAGCCGGUGGGAGAAUGUCUGGAUGAGCAGAGAGAACGAGGAUGCUGAGGAAGUCAUUGUCACCAGAUAUUUUCAGGAGCUCCCUUCCACUCUGAAGUCAGCAGUGUACGGUAGUCAGGGUAGUGAGGCAGAGGAGGAAGAGCCAGAGGAAGAGGACGACAGUCCCAGGGACGACAACUCAGAGGAGCAUAAUGACAUCCUGGCUGUAGCUGACUGGGGCCAGAAGCUCUCCUUCUACCAGCUGAGUGGGAAACAGAUUGGGAAGGAUCGGUCACUGAACUUUGACCCCUGUUGCCUCAGCUACUUCACGAAAGGGGAGUACAUUUUGCUGGGGGGUUCAGACAAGCAAGUGUCCCUUUUCACCAAGGACGGAGUCCGGCUGGGAACUAUUGGGGAGCAGAGCUCCUGGGUGUGGACGUGUAGAGUGAAACCCGACUCCAACUACGUGGUGGUGGGCUGCCAGGACGGCACCAUUUCCUUAUACCAGCUGAUUUUCAGCACGGUUCAUGGGCUCUACAAGGACCGAUAUGCCUACAGGGACAGCAUGACCGAUGUCAUCGUGCAGCACCUGAUCACUGAGCAGAAAGUUCGGAUUAAAUGCAAAGAGCUUGUCAAGAAAAUUGCCAUCUACAAAAAUCGAUUAGCUAUCCAACUGCCAGAGAAAAUCCUCAUCUACGAGUUGUACUCAGAUGACUCGUCAGACAUGCAUUACCGGGUGAAGGAGAAGAUCGUCAAGAAGUUUGAGUGCAACCUCCUGGUGGUGUGUGCCCAACACAUCAUCCUGUGCCAGCCUGUCCUUCAGUGGCGUGAAGGAGCGGGAGUGGCAGAUGGAGUCCCUCAUCCGCUACAUCAAGGUGAUCGGCGGCCCGCCUGGCAGGGAAGGUCUCCUAGUGGGCCUGAAGAAUGGGCAGAUUCUGAAGAUCUUUGUGGACAGCCUCUUUGCCAUCGUGCUGCUGAAGCAGGCCACGGCCGUGCGCUGUUUGGACAUGAGCGCCUCCCGGAACAAGCUGGCCGUGGUGGAUGAGAACGACACGUGCCUGGUGUACGACAUCCACACCAAGGAGCUGCUUUUCCAGGAGCCCAACGCCAACAGCGUGGCCUGGAACACGCAGUGUGAAGACAUGCUCUGCUUCUCGGGGGGAGGCUACCUCAACAUCAAAGCCAGCAACUUCCCCGUGCACCAGCAGAAGCUGCAGGGCUUCGUGGUGGGCUACAACGGCUCCAAGAUCUUCUGCCUCCACGUCUUCUCCAUGUCUGCCGUGGAGGUGCCACAGUCCGCUCCCAUGUACCAGUACCUGGAUAGGAAGAUGUUCCAAGAAGCCUACCAGAUCGCUUGCCUGGGUGUGACGGAUGCCGACUGGCGAGAGCUAGCCAUGGAAGCUCUGGAAGGACUAGAGUUUGAAACGGCGAAGAAGGCUUUCAUCAGAGUACAAGACCUGCGGUACUUAGAGCUCAUCAGCAGCAUUGAGGAGAGGAAGAAGCAGGGAGAAAGCAACAAUGACCUGUUUCUGGCAGAUGUGUACUCCUACCAGGGGAAGUUCCACGAGGCUGCCAAACUGUACAAGAAGAGCGGGCACGAGAACCUGGCGCUGGACAUGUACACUGACCUCCGCAUGUUUGAGUAUGCCAAGGAUUUCCUUGGAUCUGGAGACCCCAAAGAAACAAAGAUGCUAAUCACCAAGCAGGCUGACUGGGCCAGAAACAUCAACGAGCCCAAAGCCGCCGUGGAGAUGUACAUCUCGGCUGGGGAGCACGUCAAGGCCAUCGAGAUCAGCGGUGCCCACGGCUGGGUUGACACGUUGAUUGACAUUGCGCGGAAGCUGGACAAGGCGGAGCGCGAGCCCCUGCUGAUGUGCGCUCACUACUUCAAGAAGCUGGACAACCCCGGCUACGCCGCGGAGACCUACCUGAAGAUGGGUGACCUGAAGUCCUUGGUGCAGCUGCACGUGGACACCCAGCGCUGGGAUGAGGCCUUUGCUUUGGGCGAGAAGCACCCCGAGUUUAAGGAUGACAUCUACGUGCCCUAUGCUCAGUGGCUAGCAGAGAACGAUCGCUUCGAGGAAGCUCAGAAAGCGUUCCACAAGGCCGGGCGGCAGGGCGAGGCCGUCAGGGUGCUGGAGCAGCUGACACGCAACGCCGUGGUGGAGAGCAGGUUCGACGACGCCGCCUACUAUUACUGGAUGCUGUCCAUGCAGUGCCUCGAUAUCGCCCAGGAUCCUGCCCAGAAGGACACCAUGCUCGGCAAGUUCCAGCACUUCCAGCACCUGGCCGAGCUAUACCAUGGCUACCACGCCAUCCAUCGGUACACGGAGGAGCCGUUCAGUUUCCACCUUCCCGAAACCCUCUUCAACAUCUCCAGGUUCCUGCUGCACAGCCUGACCAAGGACACCCCCCUGGGCAUCUCUAAAGUGAACACGCUCUUCACCCUGGCGAAGCAGAGCAAGGCGCUGGGUGCCUACAAGCUGGCACGGCAUGCCUACGACAAGCUGCGGGGCCUGCGGGUCCCUGCCAGGUUCCAGAAGUCCAUCGAGCUGGGCAGCCUGACCAUCCGCUCCAAGCCCUUCCACGACAGUGAGGAGCUGGUGCCCUUGUGCUACCGCUGCUCCACCAACAACCCCCUGCUCAACAACCUGGGCAACGUCUGCAUCAACUGCCGCCAGCCCUUCGUCUUCUCCGCCUCCUCCUACGAGGUGCUGCACUUGGUGGAGUUCCACCUGGAGGAGGGGAUCACGGAUGAAGAGGCUGUCGCCCUCAUCGACCUGGAGAUGCCCCGGCACACGCGGGAGAGCAAGUGGCAGGAGACCAUGGGCAGCGACACCCAGACUCUGCGGCUAGAUGAGACCAUGGACUCCAUGGGAGAGGACGACCCCUUCACGGCGAAGCUGAGCUUCGAGCAAGGCGGCUCGGAGUUUUUUGUGCCCGUGGUGGUGAGCCGCUCGGUGCUGCGCACCAUGAGCCGCCGGGACGUCCUCAUCAAGCGCUGGCCCCCGCCCCUGAAGUGGCAGUACUGCCGCUCGCUGCUGCCCGACGCCUCCAUCACCAUGUGCCCCUCCUGCUUCCAGAUGUUCCACUCGGAGGAUUACGAGCUGCUGGUGCUGCAGCACACCUGCUGCCCCUACUGCCGCAGGCCCAUCGACGACCCCGGCCCCUGAGCCCGGCGCUGCGCGGAAGGGGUUAACGGCGGCCAGCCUCCUGCCCAGAUGAAGCCCGCGCUUCAGGGAGGGGCUCGUGUCCCCACGGGUUCCUAUUUAUGGCACUCCGCGCCUUGUCAAUAGCACCAGGAGAUGGGGAGGAGAAUGUACAUAUAUUUUCUAAGAAAAAAAAUCUGUUAGUUGUAGCGCGGCUCCGAGCGUUCGCGGCAGCCUGCUGGAGUCCGCAGAGCUGUCAGACCGUCAGCGUGUGCACUUGGCCGACAGAUUGCCUCAAUAAUGACAAAUAAAAG